AUGUUGCGCUUUGUGGGGGCGGCUUUUGGUGCCCCGGCUUUGGCAAUGAUCCGAGGUGUGCCGCCCGACCUUCAAGGGCAGUACGAAAAGGCACCUUUUCAUUGUGACGGCGCCAGGGAGGUGCUACCAUCUUCUCUGAACGACGAUUUCUGUGACUGCACAGAUGGCUCUGACGAGCCAGGCACCGGAGCUUGUGCGGGAGCUGCUGAGGCUCUCUUCCACUGUGCAAACCCUGGCAGCGCUCCACGAUUGGUCUAUGUGUCCAGGGUGGGGGAUGGGAUUUGCGACUGCUGCGACGGCUCUGACGAGGAGCGUAGGAUCUGUCCGGACACCUGCCAAGAAGAAGGUGCCAGGUUGCGUGCUGAAAAAGAAAGGAAGCUUCGUGACCUGCGUGCGGGCCUCCAGGUGAAGCAGGCCACCAUCCUCGAGGAGCAGAAGCAGGUCGUUGCGAAGCAGGAAGAGCUGGACAGGCUUGUAUCAAAGCUGCCCAACCUCGAAACACAGCUUGCAGAAGCGCGGAAGCGCAAGGAGGAAGCAGACGCUGCGAAGUCGCAGCAGGAAUGCCAGAGCGAUUUGCCAAAGCUACGAGAAAAGGUGAAGCUCUUGGAGGCCAAGAUCGCCUCACUGGAGGCGCAGCUUUCCAAGGACGAAGGAACAACGACGAGCACCACCACGAAGGUUGUGUCUGAAUAUGCCAAGUGGAUGGAGGGUGCUGAUGAUGCCAUGGGGGAGGAAGCCGAGGCUGACCGCGAGGCUGAAGAGAUGCAAGAGCCAGAGCCACAAGAGGCUCAUGAAGCAUCAGCCGGAACUUCAGGCGAAGAACAGGUGGACCAGGACUCGUCAUUUUCACCGAUCUCUGGUGCAAUGCUCACCCCGAAGGAGCUGAAGGCUUUGGAAGAACAGGUCAAAACUGACCAGGCAUCCCGAGACAGGCUUGAGCGUUGGUUGCGGGAGCUACCACAGGACAAGUUCGGCUUUGCAACCUUGCGAGACAAAUGCCUGGAACACAAGACAUCAGAGUACACUUACAAGCUUUGUUUUUUCAAAGAUGCGAAGCAGUCUUUCACACGCCUUGGCACCUGGAGUGGCUUUGAGGGGCCUUUGCAGGCAGUCUUCAAGGAUGGAGACAUGUGUUAUGGUGGGCCGGCACGAAGCUUGAGGGUGAUCUUUGAGUGUGGUGCUGAAGAGGAAGUGGUGGAUGUCAGCGAGCCCUCGCGUUGCAGCUACCAGGCCCUGGUUCGUCACGCAGGCGCCUGUGAAGAGCACACUGAGGAGCCUCGGCUUCGACAUCCCAAGGAGGAGCUCUGA